UUCUUUGCUGCAUUUCGUGGACGAAGAAAAGCUUCGUGAACAGAAAAUACACUUCGAACUAACUUAAAAAGACAAUUAGAAAUAUGUGGUCAGCUAUGAAUAUCAGUAGAUCAUCGCUCAAGCAAGUAAAGCGAUGUUUAAGCCAAUCUCAAAGCGUGCGUGGAUUUUCCAAACUUUACCGGAAYAAUAUCGCUGGCUCUUCGAUCACAAAUAAUUCUGUUUUUAAUAGUCGUUUGUACAGUUCUGAAGGAGUUCGUGGUGCAGUAUGUGGUAUUGACUUGGGUACCACAAACUCUUGUGUUGCUGUAAUGGAAGGAAAAUCUGCCAAAGUGCUGGAAAAUGCAGAGGGCAACAGAACAACGCCAUCCGUUGUAGCCUUUACACCUGAGGGAGAGCGUCUUGUUGGAGCACCGGCAAAGAGACAGGCUGUAACAAACCCACAGAAUACACUUUAUGCUACAAAACGAUAUAUCGGCCGUCGCUUUGAUGCACCUGAAGUUAAAAAAGACAUUAAAAACAUGGCAUAUAAGAUAGUGAGAUCGUCAAAUGGYGAUGCAUGGUUUGAAGUCAAUGGUCAAAUGUACUCACCAAGUCAAAUAGGAGCUUUUGUUUUGAUGAAGAUGAAAGAGACAGCAGAGAGUUAUCUUGGUAGCACUGUCACCAAUGCUGUUGUUACUGUACCUGCAUACUUUAAYGAUUCUCAACGACAGGCAACCAAAGAUGCUGGACAAAUUGCYGGUUUAAAUGUGUUGAGAGUCAUUAAUGAACCUACCGCUGCUGCACUGGCUUAUGGGAUGGAUAAAACAGAAGAUAAAAUUAUUGCUGUGUAUGAUCUUGGUGGUGGAACAUUUGAUAUUUCAAUUCUUGAGAUACAGAAAGGAGUGUUUGAAGUCAAAGCAACCAACGGUGAUACAUACUUGGGUGGUGAAGACUUUGACCAUUCCCUAUUGAAGCACCUUAUCUCUGAAUUUAAGAAAGAAAGUGGAGUUGACUUGUCCAAGGAUGCCAUGGCCUUACAAAGACUCAGAGAAGCUGCUGAGAAAGCAAAAAUUGAACUCUCCUCAUCUGUGCAGACUGAUGUUAACCUGCCGUACAUCACAGUUGACGCCAGUGGACCAAAACACAUGAACAUGAAGCUAUCAAGAGCCAAGUUUGAGUCACUUGUCAGUGAUCUGAUAAACAGAACAGUUGGUCCAUGCAAGAAAUGCUUACAAGAUGCUGAGAUCAGCAAGAGUGAUAUUGGAGAUGUUCUUCUUGUUGGAGGAAUGACUAGAAUGCCAAAGGUACAACAAACUGUACAAGAGAUCUUUGGCAGACAGCCAAGUAAAGCUGUCAAUCCCGAUGAAGCUGUAGCUAUUGGUGCAGCUAUCCAGGGGGGUGUAUUAGCUGGUGAUGUAAAGGAUGUACUAUUACUUGAUGUUACCCCCCUGUCUCUUGGUAUUGAGACACUUGGUGGUGUAUUCACUAAGCUUAUCACAAGGAAUACUACAAUACCAACAAAGAAAAGCCAGGUGUUUUCAACGGCUGCUGAUGGCCAAACCCAAGUGGAGAUCAAAGUUCAUCAGGGUGAAAGAGAGAUGGCUGCUGAUAACAAACUUCUGGGACAAUUUCAACUGUUGUUAUUCAGUCUUCUGGUGGUCUUAGUAAAGACGCCAUUGAAAACAUGAUCAAAGAAGCAGAAGCACACGCUGAAAGUGACAGACGGAAGAAGGAAACCACUGAAGCUGUCAAUCAAGCAGAAUCCAUGAUCCAUGACACAGAAGUUAAGAUGGAAGAAUUCAAAGAUCAGCUUCCUAGUGAUGAGACUGACAAGUUGAAGGAAGAGAUCGCUAAAGUACGUGAAGURCUGGCCAACAAGGAAAAUGAAACAGGCGAGACUAUUAGACAAGCCUACAGUGAACUACAGCAGAAAUCAUUGAAACUGUUUGAAAUGGCUUAYAAAAAGAUGGCUGCAGACAGAGAGAGCAGCGGUGCUGAAUCAAGUGCUGACUCAACUUCAGAAACAACAGAAGAGAAGAAGAAAGAUGAAAGCUGAACAACGACAACAUUAGACGCUUCAAAUAACCAUCCACAGUAGUUCUUGCAGAUAAUGUAAAGCACAGACUCUGAAUGGAAUAUAUAUUAACCUUGGAUUCUGAAAACACGUCAAGUUAAGAUGGACAUUUUAGUGUAUUUCAUAGCUCUCUCUAUGUAUUGAGUGCAUGAAAUUGCUUUGUUUUUCUGUAAGAAUGGCGAAUUUCUAAAUGGCCAUCGUUUAGGGUAAAAUGGCUGCUUUAUAGCUUGAUUUUUGUGAAUGAAAGCAAGACAAAGAAAUAAAAUUAUUCAAAAUUUUA